AUGUUUAGUAUUCAGCUCGUGGUUAUUGCUAUCUCUGAUCGAGCAACAGUAUUGGCUAGUCCUCUUCAUCACUUCGAGGACAAAUACCCUCAUCUUUCUUUUCAGUUUCAGACAGUUGGAAGAGAGCACACAGUUGCAUACAUAUAUCAAUCUUCGUUUCUGUGUGUCUCUAAGCUUGUAAACAAAGAAAAAAUCACCAUGAAAAACAACUCUGAGAAAUCCGCAGUGAAUGCAGCUCAAUUCGCUGCGUACCCAACGCUAUCGCAGAUUAACGUUGAGAAGAAUAAGCAAGAAUAUCUGGAAAUGUUCUGGACAGACCAGCAGAGAGAAAUGGAGAACGUUAACGAUUUCAAGAGCAACCUGUUACUUCCACCUAACCGCAUCAAGAAGAUCAUGAAGACGGAGAAGGAUGUCCGAAUGAUCGCUGCUGAAUCGCCUGUUUUGCUUGCUAAGGCAUGUGAGUUGUUCAUUCAAGAACUCACCCUUUGUUCCUGGCUUAACGCUCAAGAAAACCAUCGACGUAUUCUGAAGAAGGAUGACGUCACUGAUGUGAUUAUGCAAACUGACAAUUUGGGUUUCCUUGUUUAUGAUGCUACUCAUGACGGCUCCACACCAAGUGUUGUGCCGUUCAAUGUUGAUGGAGGCAGCAAUGGACAGAAUGGUAAUAAUCUUGAUCAUUAA